CGGGAAAAGAAAAGAAAAUGGGUAUUAGGGUUUAUGGAUAUAUAGUCUUGUUCUGUUUGCACAUCGACGGACGUAGGGUUUGGGAUUCUCCAGUUUCAGUCUCAAAUCCGAAAGCAAAAUGCCUAAGCAGAUCCAUGAAAUCAAGGACUUCCUUCUGACUGCGAGAAGGAAAGAUGCACGAUCUGUGAAUAUCAAGAAGACCAAGGAUGUUGUGAAGUUCAAGGUUCGUUGCUCCAAGUACCUUUACACACUCUGUGUGUUUGAUUCAGAGAAGGCUGAUAAAUUGAGGCAGUCUCUUCCUCCAGGUUUGUUAUCGCGGUUAAUCUGAAAUAAGGGGUGUAUUCUGAUUUAUAUGCAUUAAUUUUAUGUUGCAAUUUGUCCAGUAUCUUCUUGUUUACAGGUAUAAGAUGAAAUGCCACAUAUGCUUGUCACUUAUCUUCAGUUACAUCUCUUUUGUAUUACACCCUGUGUUUUGCCCUUUUUUUGGGGAAAUUCCAUAGAUGUUAUAAGCGUGAUUAUGAGGGAUUCUCCUUUGGUUCACAUUUGGGGAGGAGGAGGGAUCAUUUGGUUUGUUGGGAGUUUGUUUGUAAUCCUUGGUGUUAGGGGAAUUUGUAUAAUAGAGCUUAUGAUGCCUUCUCAAAAAGUAUUUAGAGUGGGGGAUGUUUUAGCAUACGGUGAUCAUAGCUGCAGAGUCAUUUGAGUGCUUUGGUAGAAAUGAUGUGACUUUGGAAUUCAUAUGCUGACUUUAUCAUCCUCUUUCUUCCUUCUACUAGAGUAAUGGUGUAAAAUGUGUUGUUAAUAUGGUUCUUAUCUUUUUGCAAAAAAAAAAAAAAAAAAAAACAAAAGGAUGACCUAACAGAAGUGGAUUUGCACUCCAAUAUUACUCUUGGUUGCCCUUAUUACCAUUUUAUUGUUCAUCAUGCUCCCAUCUUAUGGCUUGUAACGGGAGAUAUGUUUCUUGAAGCCAUUGAUUUGUUUAGACAUGUAGGGAGCAAGAGAGAGGUGUUUUAAUGGUCUGUGUGAGUUUCUCCUUGGAUAUAACUCGAAUUCGGUUGAUGGUGUUUUUCUCUUCAUAUUUUUUUUUUUUAUAUAUUUUUUUUGCAGUUUUCUUAAGUGAAAACACUAUGGGUCUGAUUAGUUGUAGUAAAAAGCUUUUUUGAUUUUGAUUCUAGUUUUCUCAAGAUUUACAGAAAAUGCCAUCUUCUAUUCAGAUAUGUGUCAUUGUCAUAAUAAACUUGGAAAUAUCUAAGUUCUCUGUAUAAAUUUGUUGUUAAACUAUAAGCUAAACAGGCUAUUAUGAUUCUGCCAUUGGAGGCAUGGUGAUUUUUAGAAAUCGUAUAACACAAUAAUUUGUACUAUUUUACUUAUUUUCAUUUCCAUUUUUGUGUAGGUUUGAACGUGCUAGAAGAUCCUCCUCAGAAGUAAAAGGAUGGAGUUUGAGGAUUGUCAAAUGGCUACUGAGUUUUGUGUUAUUUUUCUUUUUUUUUUCUAAUGCUUUGUUACAGUAGUAAAAACAUUUGAUGGAUGUAUUCUGGAAAUUCGAGGAUGUGUUUCUUUUUCUUUUGGACGAGAGUUUAAAUUCAAUGUUUGGGAAAUUACAAUUCUUAUUGGAUCA